GACUGGACGAGGACAAGGGCGCGCAAAGUCUUCGCACGCCCGGACAUGUCUGCACUCUUGAUCCUUACAAUGUUUCUCCUAUUCGGAAAUCACGAUUGUUCCGAGAAAGAACUACAAACGUAUGGUCGAUGAACAAGGCCACAAAUAUCGAGCGCUCCGAAUGCCAGGUCCUUCCGAAAAGACCGAUUAAAAUGCGGCUCAUUCUCAUCCGAUAUCAGUCCUUGCGACAUCCGUCUUCCUGAUAUUUUUUUUGAAACAGAUUGCAUAGAACGCGUUGCUUACACGCCGCCGAUGACUGCAGUUUCAUUUCGAAACGCUGAGGGUACUCCUACAGUAGCUCCCGUGACCAGAUCUUCCUUCUACUUGCCUUCAAUGACAUGCAUACGUCAGAAACCCGCACUCUUUGCUUCUUGAACGCACGCCUCUCGCUCCCAAGUCACGAAGUGAUCCCGUGACAGCUCCGCCGGGUAGCGGACCGACGUGGAAGUAUGAAGUCUGUCCUCGCAUCCUACUGCUAACACUGAAGGCUGACCGUCUGUUGCUCAUGAAACGCACGCAGACUUUCCUUGCGCUCGACCUCCCGAUCCAACAACUCAGCACGAUCGAGUACGCGCUCAGUUUUAGCAAAGCGGUGACGUCUUCCCAGACAGAGUCGCCUUGAUCACAUCUCGAAUCCGCGCGAAGAUGGUCUCUAAGCUCACAAGGGAGGUCAUCUCUGACAAUAUAAAGCAUCCGGGGGAAACUGUUCGCGUCCAAGUUCCCCGCCAUGUUAACCCGCACAUCUCUUCUGUCACUUGCCCUCGUCGGGUCGGCCCUUGCCCAAGUGCAGUCUCCCGUCAUCGACUUGGGAUAUGCCCAAUACCAAGGCGCUGUCAAUACAACUACCAAUAUAACGAGCUUAAUCGGAAUUCGAUAUGCUGCACCGCCCGUAGGGGACCUUCGGUUCAGGGCACCCCAGCCUCCACUCAACACCUCUGGCGUUCAAUCUGCAACUGUCCAGCCGAACGAGUGCUUCCAGGCGUCUACCGGAAAGGCCGCUACGAAUCCCCUCAAGCGCGCUGCGGUUGUUGUGCCGAGCGAGGAUUGUCUUUUCCUCAAUGUGUUCUACCCGAGCAAUGCCGUUGGAACGCCAGGGACAAAACUCCCGACGCUAGUUUGGAUCCAUGGCGGAGGAUAUCUCGCUGGUUCGUCAAACAACGUGAACGGCGGUGACAUCAUCCAACAGAGCAACCACAACGUCGUCGUCGUCGUCAUCCAGUACCGGCUCGGUGCUUUUGGCUUCCUCGCCGGCUCUGCUGUGAAAAACGGCGGCGCCCUCAACGCUGGCCUUCUUGACCAGGAUUUCGCUUUGCGCUGGGUGCAACAGCAUGUAUCCAAAUUCGGGGGCGAUCCCGCCAAAGUCACAAUCUGGGGUGAAAGUGCGGGUGCAGGUUCCGUGCUGCAGCACGUAAUCGCAAACGAUGGCCGAACCAAGCCCCAAUUGUUCCGAGGUGCCAUUACGAGCUCCACGUUUCUGCCGUCUCAAUACAGAUACGACGACCCGAUCUCUGAGUCUCUUUUUAGCCAGGUGGUGGCUCAAACCAACUGCACUGCUGCUGCCGACGCCCUCUCCUGUCUUCGCGCCACCAGUGCCGCAGUCUUGCAGACGGCAAACAGCAACAUCAACGCUGCCGGUUUCUUCGGCACGUUCACGACCGUUCCCGUCAUCGACGGGGAAUUCAUCGUCGAGGCCCCCAUCGACACGCUGCGCAAACGACGUGUGAACGGGAAAGCGCUUCUCUCGGUAACCAACGCAUUCGAGGGCACGGUGUUUGUGAACACCAAGAUCGCUGUGCCCAACGCGACAACGUAUGCACUUGACCUGUUCCCGAAAGUUGACCUGGCGGAAGCAACGACUGUCGCCUCGGUCUAUGCUGGGUUGGGGACGGACACAUUCCAGGUCGAAGCGAUCAUGGGCGAAUCGAUAUUCAUCUGCCCGACAUACUAUCUCUUGGAGGCCUUCCCGAAAGACCACUCAUUCAAGGGCGAAUUCGCAAUCCCUCCUGCAAACCACGGCAACGACCUCAACUACUACUUCCCCUCCAGCAACCCCCCGCCGUUCCAAAACACCGACUUCAUCAACGCCUUCGCCCAAUCCUUCACGUCCUUCAUCGUCAACCUCGACCCCAACAAGAAGAUCAACGCGAGCACGAUCACGCCCAGCUGGAGCAGCUACAGCGUCGGCCGCACGGAGAUGCUGUUCAACAAGACUGCCGCCGGGGAGCCGGUCGUGCAUACCAUCGUGACGGACCCUGCGCUCGUCGCGCGGUGCAGUGUUUGGAGCAGUUUGGGUGCAUCCACGGGGCAGUAAGCCACGCGGUAAUCUUCUCACGAGAGUCUGAACUCAAAAUGUUCUAAACGAGACGUUGAAUGCAAAAAUACAUCGUCGCUUACGUUGAGCUGCCGUCGACUUAGUUGAGACUUGAGCUCGAUAUGUGCUUCAAGGACUUACCCUUCGCCGCUCCACCGAGACACUGUGAAAGCAGCUGAUACUAUGGGUCUCCUUCGCGCCCCUCGUCGAAUCUUGCUUCGCACAACUGUGCAUGAUAUACACGAGCUUUUCGAGAUUGCACAACGUUGAACAUGCUUCACGUGAUCGUGCUCUGUCCCCACAGAGUUACAGUAUGCACUACUGGUCAGAUGCAGUAUGAAUCGGUGCCCUCACGCUUUGCCAUGUAUUGAUGUGACGUUGAAACUUAGGAUGUAU